AUUUCAACAUCCUGUAACCAAUAUGGCGGAAUUUAUAGGUUAAUUUUAUAAUAAAUUUAUCUUCCUUGUAAUUUUGAAAAAAAUUAAAUUAAUUAACAUCGAGAAGCAAACGGCCUCAGCCCUAUAGAGCGCCAUGUAUUUGUUUAACGUCAAAAGACUAAAAAAAGUUGCAGAAGACUUUGUAGGCCGUGUAAAUAAACAGGUAUUCGCAUUUGAUAAUCAGCCUGACUGGAGCCAGCUGCCGUACGAAAUUCUUCUUAAAGUCUUCAGUUACCUGAGCAACAGCGACAAGUACCAUGCCGCUCUCACCUGCAAGUCUUGGCUCCGUCCACUUUCAGUGCCGUCCGUUAGACAUGUAAACGAGUUUGAUAAGCAGCCUGACUGGAGCCAGCUGCCGUACGACAUUCUGCUGCACGUCUUCCGUUACCUGAGCAACAGCGACAAGUACCACGCCGCCCUCACCUGCAAGUCUUGGCUCCGUCCACUCUCAGUGCCGUCCGUGUGGGAGACCGGAGAUUUUGUGUUUGACAACAAGAGCGACGAGAAAGCGAUCAUUUUUGUGAACAUGACGGGAAAAACGUUACGUCACAUCAACGUACAAUGUAUAGCGAGCGAUAACCAUUACAUGUGUUCUUUCUUGGCUUUUAAAGGAGAUGAGGGCCCCGCAUCCUGUACAGCGAAGAUGUACCAAUUUUUGGCCACCUUAUUGAACUCACAAAACCAUCGCAUUUUGACCUUCAAGCUAACCAAUCUGUUCAGUUUGAAAAUCAAUGGCCUAAGCGCUAAGUCAAGGUCAUUUUUAGAGGUCGCUCAACUCUUGACCAAAGUUUUGGAGGACCAGCAGCAGCUUCGUGUCCUUGACCUCAGCAACAGCCAAAAGUCUGUCAAACACCGUUGGGUUGAUUCUUUUACCGUAAAUGAAGGUCUGAAACUGUUGAAUGCUGCUAGUAAAAACUGCGCCAACACGCUUCAGGAACUUGCGAUCGCCAGAUUCGUUUGCUUGAAAGAUAUUUACCCUAAUAACUUGAGCUUUCUUCCACAAUUUCGAAGCGCCAUCGCAGGUUUCAGCGAGUUGUCAGACCUGGACCUCAGCUACGGUUAUUUGGAAAAUGACCUGCUGCUCAGCUUAGCCAUGUCAACAACCAGCCUGAAGCAGAUCACAGUUCGUGCUGACGAAAUCCCAAUGAUAGAAAGUCAAAUAACCCCUCUAGCAUGGGAGAACCUUACAGCGGCAUGUCCCGAGCUCAGAGUCCUAUUUUUCAUCAAACCCAUAUCUGAGUCGUACUUCCAAGACGUGACAAUGAUCCUAACACCAUCCAUGCCGCUCUAUCAAGUCAAAUGGAAAUCUGGCAGUGUCAUAGCUGUAGAGAACAUAGAGAAGUUCUUUCAACAUAUGGGACAAAACUUUCAGGAAACUUUACAUCAUCUGAAGUUCCGUACUGAUGUCCCCAUAGACAUGGAACGCUUUGAAGUGUUGAUCAAGAGUUUACAGCCGUGCGCAAAUCUGGACAGCUUCUCGCUAGGCUUGACCUCUUGUGUGAUUGAUGACGUGGAGAUGUACAAGUUGGCCAUCAGAGAUGUCGUGAAGCGAUGCCCAUUGUCAUGUGACCUCACACUGAACGUCUAAGUCAAAUAAAAGGGGUCAGUCUGACACGGUUGGUGGGGUCAGGAGAGUUCGCCAUGUUGGAUCAGUUCAGGAAUUAUUUUUUUUU